UUACGCGUCAGUGAGUAAUAACACAGUGCAGAAAGAUGUUUGUUGCACAGAUGUUUCUAGCUCUUAAAGAACAUAAAUACGUGAUGUAAAAGUGGACAAAGAGGGAGAAGGAAUGUCCAUGCUGCUGUUCAGUUCAGUGAGAACCUGUUGGUACUUGUUGCUCUUUUAUGCAGAAACUGAUGGCAAUCUCACAGGUUUGUACAACGCUUCCAGCCUAUGCAUCUUUAAAUGGCCUCAGAAGCACAUGAAGGGGAUUUACAUUUUUCCGCUGCAGAUUAAGAGGGUUGUGGUGCGGGGCUUUGUCCCAGCCGCUUCCCAGACGCGGUUAAAGCAAACACUCGGCUCAAGUAAGGUAUCCCGCCUGUUUCUUGGCUGAGAUGUGUUGCGGCUGUCUGGCGAUAGUAGGCGGGAAGCGGGUAGGAGGAGAUUCCCUCACUAUCAACGGAUGUGAGAGGCUGUCGCUGCCCUCCUCUCCUCUCCUCUUCCUCCUCCUCCACCACUUCUCCACAGUCAACAGGAAGGAGGCCACAGAGAGAAGUGGUCCAGCAGCUGUGCGCUCGCAAAAAAGAAGGCAAAGACAUGAGUAAGAACCAGAAAGAAGUCAAGAAAAUCCAGUCGGCUUAUCUGCAGAAUGUGGAGAAGCUCAAUCUAGGAGCCAAGCAAGAGAAGAAGAGCUGGAAGGUCAAGGAAGGAGACUUUGCUGUGCCUACGGCCAUGGAGAAAUUGCGCCAGCCUCCUGCCAUUACUCCGGUAACCAAAAGCUCCGCGCACAGAAUCAGCAGAGACCUGACCUGCUCCAUCUGCUUGGAUCUCUUCAAGCAGCCCGUUUCUCUGCCCUGCGACCACACCUUCUGUCAAGGCUGCAUUGAGGGGUACUGGACCGGGCCAAGGGGCCACUGCCAAGGAGUAUCAGGCUCCUGUCCCCAGUGCAGGAAGGUAUACCCCAGGCAGAGCUACAGGCCCAACCGCAUCGUGGCCAACAUCGUGGAGAGCUACUGUCAGGGGCUGGAGGAGAGCGGCGGGGGAACCAGGCUGGCCGAUGGGGCCGCGGCGGAGAAGGCGCCCGCACCGGCUCCGCACUGCAGUCGACAUCGGGAGGAGCUGAAGCUUUACUGCGAGGAGGACCAGGAGCUGGUGUGUCUGGUGUGCGGAAUCUCCCAGGAGCACAGGAACCACACCAUGGUGUGUGUGCAAGAGGCGGAGCUCAAGUACAGGGCAUCUCUGAACAGCUCCAUGGAUUCCCUCAAAGCUGAGCUCAACACAGCGAUGCAGUGCGACAGGGAAGCAGAGGAGGAAGUAAAAAAUCUUAAGGAGCACACGGCUGAUCUGAAGCAGCGCAUCGAGGCCCAGUUCAGCGACUUGCACCAGUUCCUCUACCAGGAGGAGAAGAUGCUGCAGGUGAAGCUAAAGACGGAGGAGCGUCGUGAGCUGAUCCGCCUGGACGAGCACAAGGCUCUGCUGUGCGUGGAGAUCUCCCGUCUGCAGAGAGCCCUCCAAGAGAUAGAAGACAAGUUGAGGGAGCAGGACCCCUUCAUUCUAUUGCGGAGCAUCAAAGUUUUGCUGCAUAGACCGUCGCUGAAGUUCGAGAAGCCAGUUUUUACGCCACCCAGCCUGUGUGAAGGCCGAUUUGCGGGGCCCCUGCAGUACAGAGUGUGGAAAUCCAUGAAAGGCAGUAUUUACCCAGUCCCUGCGGCAAUCACAUUUAACUCCAGCACGGCCAACCCUUGGCUCAGUCUCACCUCGUCACUGACCUGCGUUCGCUACCAGACCUUUAACCACGCCGUGGAGGACAACCCGCACAGGUUCAACGCCGCCCUGUCGCUGCUCGGGAGUCAGGGUUUCACCCACGGGCGCCACUACUGGGAGAUUGAAGUCUAUAGCAGCACUGUGUGGACGGUGGGCGUGGCCCGGGAGUCAGUGCCCAGAAAGGGAGUCAUCAAAGCUCUUCCAGCUAACGGCUUUUGGACCCUCUCGCUUUCGUACGGCAUACAAUAUAUGGCGGGCACGUCCCCCCCGACUGUUCUGUCCCUGGAGGAGCCGUUGGCCAGGAUUGGAGUGUACCUGGACUACAAGAGAGGCCUGGUGUCCUUUUACAACGCAGAAACCAUGACACACCUGUAUACGUUCAGGGAGAUCUUUAGUGAGACACUCUUUCCGUACUUCAACUUGGGCUUUCUGGACAAAGUGCAUGAGAAUGAGCCUCUUAAAGUUUUCUUGCCAAAGAUUUAAACUUACUGUGAAGUUUUUGUUUCUUUUGUACAGAAUCAGACCCUAUAGUAGACCUAGACUGAUUUGGAAAGCCCGGAGACUGGAUCUAUGGACACUGUAUUUGUAAUACAUCUAAUAAAAUAUUGUAAUCU